UUGAUGCAUAAUUAUUAGUGGUUAAUGUGGGGUCACAUAGUUUCUUUCCUGAUGGGAGGUGGAACACUCCCAAGCGCAGUAAACUGAAAGGUGGGGCUGCAUCAAAUAGAGUGAAAUAAAGAGACCCUUCCCCAUCCCUUCCAGCUGACCCUUAGCCUCCACACAGCUGUCAUUCUGAGAGUCUCUGCCCCUUCUUGCCAGACAGCAGAGAUCUACCUCUAACAAACAUAGCCUUGAAGGCCUUGUUCUCUGGAGACACCAGGAGCAGAAAACCAGACAGCGUGGAGGCCCCUGUACACAGAGAAAAAUUUCAAGGAAGUAAAAAAAAAAACCUGAAACCCAGCCACCAUCAAAACUAUUCUGCUGAUGUUUUCUAUCUUCUCCCUUGAGAUGUGUCAAGUGACUUAGAGGAAGUUUUAGCCUCUGGCACCAACUGACCUUAUAUUUACAUAUAAGGUGCCUGAGGAAGUAAAAAUAAGAAAAGAAAAGGAAAAAAGAAAAGAGAAGAGGAGAAGAAAAAAGAAAAGAAAGAAAGAAAGUUUUACCACUGGGAUUGUACAGGCAAUAUGCUACCAGAAUGUCAGGAAUAAAGAAGAUCACUAGAGUUUCUCUGACCAUCAAUUCCCCAGUUAAUGAAAACUCCAACAUCAGAUCAAGCUUUUCUACAUUAGUUCAACCAUUGUGUAUUGACCACCAGAAGAUGCAGAGUCCCUGCAGUAGUGUGUCAGGAUCUACCUGUGUUGCAGCCCCUGUGUUCACCAAGCAUCUUCAAGACAUCUCUACAAUCAGAGGUCAGUUUGUCGUCUUUGAAUGCCGAAUCCAGGCCACAACCACAGCUCAAGUUCACUGGUACAGAGACAAAGAGCAGAUAGCCAAUUCAGAUGACUUCCGGAUUCUAAGGACAAAAGGAUGUUUAUCAUCUAUUCCUGAGGAGGUCUGCACCUUGAUUAUCACAGAAGCAUUUCCUGAAGACUCUGGGGAGUUCAAGUGCAUUGCAGAAAAUGAGGUGGGGACUGCAAUCUCUACAGCAAAACUCUUUGUUUCCCCAGAAGGAGAAGAGGUAGAGAAAUCAAAGAUUUCUCCAACGCUACCCAUGAGCAAAGCUUCUUCAAAACUGGCCUCUUUUCCCUGGAACAAUGACAGCUACAACAACAAUCCAGACAAUCCCGCCACAAAUCUUUUGCCAGUGAUUCCUGAACCAGCCAGUCACAAUGAACAGGAGACCCAAGAUCCAAAAAGGGAUUUCUGUACCAUCAGUGGAAAUUCCUCUGAGCCGCAACCACAGUGGUAAGGACAAGCAGACCUAACACUACCUGUUCAAUUAAUUUUCUUGGUUCUGUAGACAAACAUGAAAAGGAAGACAAUGAGCAAAAGAUUUUGGAUUUGGAGACUGACAAACUGGGAGCAAUGUGUGUAAAGCACAUAGUAUGCACUCAACAAAUAUUAGCUAUUACUUCACUGAAUAUUCUCUCACUGCCCUGUUUUCUUAAUCAGCACCAGUGUUUAUACCCAAUAAAAGCCUAGAACCAUGAUUUUCUGGCCUGCUCUCCAGGAACUCCUUUAGCUUCUGGAAUCCCAAAUUGCCUGAGCAGUACCUACACUUACAAAAAUCUUCAUACAUCCAAAAAGAAUGAGUGUGUGGGACAAAAAUAAGAGUGCAAUUUACUUAACAAACAUUUAUUAAACGUAUUCUAUGUAUUUGUUGAUCUCUGUGUUAGGCUAACCUUGGAAAAAUGGCCUGUACUGAUAUCUAAAACUUUUCUCUAUGACUAUCUGUAUUUUAACAGUGAGCCUUUAAAACUUUAGAAAACCUUGAAUUUUUAUUCCAGUAUUUUUCAUUCGAUUAUCAUCUUAAUUAAUAGAAUCAUCUAUAAAAAAGUACUGGGAAAAAUAUCUGUAAAAGCUAACAUGUCUUUACUGAGUAUCUACUAAGGUCU